AUGGUCCCAGGCGCACGCGACGCGGAGCGGCACGAGCGAACGAAGCGAAAGCACGAGAACGAAGCGCCAAAUGACAUUGAGGACGAUGGAAUUGUAGGGGACUCGGAUCAGGACGCUGAGGCGCUCGAGGAUGAAGAGUCCGAGCGAGGAGCACUGCCGGAACUCACGCCAGAGGCGCUGCAUGAGUUCCACAAGAAGCAGCAGAAGCGCGGCAUUGUGUAUGUGAGCCGCAUCCCUCCGGGUAUGACGCCCGCGAAGGUGCGGCACAUCUUCUCUCAAUUUGGCGAGGUAGGCCGGAUCUAUUUGCAGCCUAAGGACGCAGGUGCGAAGGGAAAAAAGAAGCGGGCGUCCCACUUUUCCGAGGGCUGGGUUGAGUUCCUCUCGAAAAAGGUAGCGCGAACGGCUGCCGAGAUGCUAAACGCACAGCCGAUUGGCGCUUUGGGUGGCGCGUCACACUCGUCGCGCAAGUCGCAGACGGGAGCUGGCGUCGUGAAUCGAUGGAAAGACGACGUAUGGACGAUGAAGUACCUCCAGGGUUUCCGGUGGCCCAUGCUCAUGGAGCAAAUGUCGCAUGAGCGAGCGACGCAUGCCGCGCGGCUACGGAUGGAGCUGUCCCAGUCGGCCCAUGAGCAGCGCGACUACCUCAAGAAGGUCGAGCGGUCGCGCAUCCAGCGCGAGAAGGACGCCAAGCGCGUGCGGCGCGGCGAGGCGCCCCAGAGCGAAGCGCCCCCCGCGCAUACCUACCAGCAGCGCGCGCCCGUGUACCGCGAUGUGCGGGACCAACGCGAGCAGCGGGGACCCUAUCGUGCGCCUGCGACGGGUGGCGAUAAGAUGGAUCAGGUGCUCUCCCAGGUCUUCUAA